CUAUACACUACCUUUUGCAAAACUUAAAAAAGUGCUACACGCAUUCAAGACUGUCACUCUUUUGCUAUCAUGUCCAAACCGGAAGAGAUCAAGGACACAAAGGUCGCUUGGUUCGAGCAGAAUCCCGAUGAAAGCAAGGUACCCCCCGCGGCUACUCGACGCCUUCUCGAAACGUACAGCGGCAUCCCGCCAGAGGACGUCUUCGAGCACGUCGUCAAUCUACGCAACGAAGCAUGGAACGUCUUUCCGUAUCCAUGCAUUGGACAGUUUAGGUUCCUUGAGCCGAGCUUUUUUGGGUUUGAUGCGCUUCCCGAAGUCCUGGAACGCCUUUGCGAAGGCCAAAAACUACUCGAUAUGGCCUGCUGUUUUGGACAGACUGUCCGUGAGUUGUUCGCAGGUGGAGCCCCUGCAGAUAAUAUCUACGGAUGCGAUCUUCAACCAGGUUUCAUCGAACUGGGGUACAAGCUUUUUAAGGAUCGAGGCAAGCUCCAGACCAAAUUCUUGAUAGCAGACAUCUUCGAUCCCAACUCAGCGCUGGAAGAAUUGAGGGGCCAGAUCGACAUGGUCUAUGCUGGGUCUUUCUUCCAUCUCUGGGGUCUUGACGAUCAGAUAAAAGUGUCCAAAGCUGUCGCCACGUUGCUGCGGCCUAGGCAAGGUUCAAUGAUCCUUGGUCGCCAAAUUGGAGCUGUUGAAGCUAGCGAGCAAACAUCUCCUACUGGUACCAUGUACCGUCACAAUGUGGAAAGCCUCAAGAAAAUGUGGAAAGAGAUAGGCGAUGAUCUGGGAGUCACAUUUAUAGUAGAAGCAAGCCUCAAACCGGUUAGUGAAGACCACUUCUUGAACACAGACGACACACGACGAAUCUGGUUCGUAAUUCGCCGCGAAUAGAAAAGUCCGAGUACCGGUGGCUUGCUAGUUGUUUCUUUUGCAUAGACUGCUGGCAUCACUCCCAAGCUUGCUUGACGAAGCAUCCAGAGCGGUCUAUAGUCCGUAGUGAGUGGAGUCAAGCUCAGGAGCAUUUGUGAUCGCUGCAGACUCUAUAUUCGAAUACGAGAUGUGUCCACGUCUCUACUGGGAGAUCUUCUUUCUAGCUUUGUGGUACCUGGGGUGCACGAGGUAGCGGCCCUCUUUUUAUGCUAAUAGCUCGACACUCUAUGGGUCAACACGCGAUUUUGCCGGGCCUAGAGACCAGGAUAUAUAACCUUACAAUGUCAACCCUGUCGAACAACACUAAACAUAUAUUCCCCAUACAUUUCAAUAUCUACACCCUCAAUCCCUUUGGUCGGCUAAUUUCACAUCUCAGUGGUUCGACCACAGGCUCGGCGCGACCA